AUGCAGUUCACAGAUGAACCCGAAUCUUACAACAAGGAAGAUCAAGAUGAAAUAAAUAGAGGAAUAUUGUUGUCCAUGAAUUCAAAUUUUAAUCGUGAUCGAUCAAAAAAAGCUUUAACAAUACCUUUACUAAAUAGAAAAGUAUCAAGCAUUAAAAAUGAUUUUUCAUUUGAUACUACACCCACAACUACCGACACAGCUACUACCCCUACACCUGCAUCUAGUCUUGGCUUUACUGACCAAGAACAUCAUUUUAUUAAUGAAUUGUUGGCACAUCAUUCAAACACUCGCACAUUUAAUGGUUAUUUGGAUAACACCACAAGAUAUCUAUAUUUUCUUGCCAAAAUGUUGAUAUUAUCAGUUGUUUUGAUUAUCCUUGCAUUUAUAUUUUACAUAAUCGUUGAAUUCUGUGUGGAAUUUAGAAAUGAUUUUCAUUACGAAGUUGACAAAGUUGUUCAAGGCGCAAAUUAUCAAAUAGAAAAUUGUCAUCAUAACUAUGUCAUAAACAAAUGCGAGCCAGAUACAAGAGCACCAUACUUGGAGAAAAGUUGUGUAAUGUGGGAUAAAUGUAGGAUUAUGGAUCCAUAUAAAACAAUAAGAAAAACUGAAAUAUUUUCUACUAUAGCGGGUAGAAUAAUAUCUUCGUUUGUUCAUCAACUUUCAAAUCGAGCAAUGGCUUUUGUUUUUCUUGUAAUUAUAAUCAGUAUUUCAUUGCUUAAAAGAUAA